AAACACUCAGCAUCAAACGAGAAGAUACAGAGGAACCAACGAAGAUGGCGUUUAUUAAAGAGGAGAGUGAAGACGUGAAGAUUGAAGAAACAUUCAGCGUCAAAAAAGAAGAUCCUGAGGAACAAACAGCCGGAGUCCAUGUGUUCAUCUCCGUCAUCCGCUGCAUCUGAUACAGACUCCUGGACCAAUCAAGAUGAGGACGCUGAGCCAUCCACCUGCGGCACUGUCUCCGCACGUUCACCGAGGAGCAGAAGAACGGGGCCUGUUUACACCUGGAAUGCAUUUACAUCUGGUCUUUUCAUUGGAGACAUGAAAACUUGGAGACAUUACUUGGCAGCUGUAAUGGAGAAAAACCUUGAGAGAAACCAGUCCUCCUAUGAUAAUUAAAGACAAAGAUAUUUAAUGUUCAAAGCUUUCUUAUGCAGGUUACACUAUAAGUAUUAUCUAAACAAACCUGCACUGACAACGAGAAUUAGAAAGAAGGAAAUACAUAUUUGGGUGUUGAAAUAUUAAAUACAAUGUCAUCAAUCAAUAUCUACUCAAAUCUGACCUAGAAAUCUGGUUUUAUCAAACAAUUAUAUGCGAUUGCUAAUAUUAUUAUAAACUUUUUACAUUUUCCUGAAUGCAUUCUUUCCUCACUUUCUCUCUUCAUGUAAGUUUUAUGAAUGUGUGAACACGUGUGUUUAUGUGUCUUUUUUAUCCAAAAUCAUUGAGAAAAGAGAAGUAUCUUGUGUUUUCACAAAGUGACGUUUUCAUCAACUCAAACCAAGUCAAUGCCGCGGUAUUUUUAUUAUUAUUAUUAUUAUUUUGUUAUUAGUAGAAAGCAGAAAGGUUUCUUCGCUUGAGAAAUGUUCAGCUUUUCCGACAGAUUAUGGCAAAUGACUCGCUCUUAAAGGGAAAGAGACUCUGACUGGUUUAUUGCAUGUAAUGCUCCAACUAUUGGCAUAUCUCCAAACAUGUCUCUGUCCUUAAAAUAGCAAUAGUGUGUUUGUGCGCAUGCGCCGCGCGUCUAAUCCUUAAAAUAGAGCUCUGAGGCUCCAAACUAAACCUGUUUUACUCUGUUGAUGUAAACUGAUUUGAAAGAUGAGCCGGUCUUGUAUCAAAUCUCUGUGAUCAUGUGACUGAUGACGUUUGAGGUGAUUCAAAUCUUUAGUGUGGUUUAAUUUAUUAUAAAGAGACAUUAGACUCAAUGCAAACAAACAUAAACCAACACACAAGAACAGGAAGAGCUCUGACAUCACUGUACUUCAGGAGAAAGUGGAAGUCAAACCUAAUCAAAGCCUGAAACUGAAUCUCUCUAUAAAUAACAGAAUAUUUAGUCAUUUAAAGACUCUCGUGUGCACAUCUGAUCCUCACAGUAAUGUCAUCCUCCGGUGGUCCACUGACUGACGCUCUUCAGUGCUCUAUAUGUCUGGAGGUGUUCACUGAUCCAGUCUCGACUCCAUGUGGACACAACUUCUGCAAGACCUGUCUGAAUAAGUGCUGGGACAACAGCCAGACCUGCAUCUGUCCAUACUGUAAAGAAACAUUCAAACAAAAACCUGAUCUCAAGACUAACACCACACUCCGAGAGCUUGCAGAUCACUAUAAACAGAAGAGUCCUGAGAAAACAUCUGAUGUUCUGUGUGACUUCUGUGAGGAGAGAAAGCUGAAAGCCCUGAAGUCGUGUGUGAUGUGUCAGAGCUCUUACUGUCAAACUCAUCUGGAGCGUCAUUUCAGAGUGGCAGCUUUGAAGAAACACAAACUGAUGGAUCCUGUGAGUAAUCUGGAGGACUAUAUUUGUCAGAAACAUGAAAGACCUCUGGAUCUGUUCUGUAGAGAUGAUCAGAUGUGUGUGUGUUCAGUCUGUACUGCUACAGACCACGAGAACCACAACACUGUUCCUAUAGAAGAGGAGACCACAGAGAAGAAGACUGAACUGAUGAAGACACAGAAAGAUGUGCAGCAGAUGAUCCAAAACAAAAUCAAGAAGAUUCAAGACAUCAAACGCUCAACAGAAGCCAGAAAAAGAAACACAGAGCAGGAGAAAGCAGCCCGUGUCGAGCUCUUCACUGAUCUGAUCCGCUCCAUUGAGAGACUUCAGACCGAACUACUGGAGAUGAUGGAGGAGCAGCAGAAAGCAGCAGAGAAACAAGAGCGAGAUCUGAUUGAAGAGCUGGAACAGGAGAUCUCUGAGCUAAAGAUGAGAAACAUUGAGCUGGAGCAGCUCUCACACACUAAAGAUCACCUCCACCUCCUACAGAUCUACUCAUUCCUGAGCAUCUCCAGAAACACCAGGAACUAUCCUGAGAUCAGUGUGAAGACUCAUGAGAGUCUGGAGACUCUGAGGAGAGCUCUGACUCAACUGAAGGACACUAUAGACGAGAAACUCUCACAAACUGUCUCUUCAGAGCUGAAGUGGAUGCAGCAGUAUGCAGUGGAUGUGACUCUGGAUCCUGAUACAGCUCAUCCUGAUCUCAUUCUGUCUGAUGAUGGAAAACAAGUGAGAGAUGGAGACUUUACACAGAAACUCCCAGACAAACCUGAGAGAUUUGAUAUAUGUGUAAAUGUCCUGGGAAAGGAGGGAUUCUCCUCGGGGAGAUUUUAUUUUGAAGUGCAGGUAAAAGAAAAGACUGAAUGGAUUUUAGGAGUGGCCAGAGAAUCCAUUCACAGGAAGGGACAGAUCAAACUGAGUCCCAGAGAUGGAUACUGGACUUUGAUUCUGAGGAAUGGAGAUGAAUAUAAAGCCUGUGAGGAUUGUCGUGUCUCUCUGUCUCUGAGAGUGAAGCCACAGCGGGUUGGUGUGUUUGUGGAUUAUGACGAGGGUCUGGUCUCCUUUUAUGAUGAGUCCAGCUCUCAUAUCUACUCUUUCACCGAUCAGUCUUUCACUGAAAAACUCUAUCCAUUAUUUAGCCCAUCCUUAAACUAUGGAGGUAAAAACUCAAAUCCACUGAUCAUCACACCUGUCAGUUAUAAUAAAUGAAUUUCUCUUGAUAUGAAAUACAAGAUUAUAGUUAUGAUUUUUAUAAAUUGUUAUGUGCUGCUCUUUUUUUUCAAUUUUUGAAAAUGCAAUAAUUUGAUAUUUGAAUAUAUAAUAUGCACAUUAUUAAUGUAAUAAUGCAAAUGUUUAUUAUAUUUUUCAUAAAACAUUAUAUUUUUCAUAAAACAUGCCAUUUUAUUCCUCCAUCUCAAUGUGACAAAGUGAAAUUUCCUGUAAAAACAGUAAUACCCUG